AAUAAUAAAGGGAAGUAUUAUUAUUGUUCUCACGAUAAUUAUCAACACUUCGAUUGAUAACAUCGUUUUUAUCAAGCGAUCGAACAAAACGCAAGCAGUACUGUCCGAAAAGACGAAGCAUGUUGUGGUGUGUGUUGUUCAUUUAUGCCGCGUGCGGAGCAGCGCUGGCGGAGCAGUUGCAGGUGAAAACAGUAUCGCUGCCCACAAACUCCACCACGGACUCCAGGAUCGUCGGCGGCUCACCGGUCCCCAUAGAGCAAUAUCCCUUUAUCGUCCAAGUGCUGUACAACUCUCAGCUGUUGUGCGGCGGCUCGUUGGUGACAACGCGGCAUGUGUUGACCGCCGCGCACUGUGUAUUCGACGAACGGGGCAACCAAGUCGUCCCCAGACGGUUCUCCGUCCGUGUCGGCAGUUCGUACGCUAAUACCGGUGGGACGGUGCACUCCGUGUUAGCUAUAGUGGUGCACGAGGACUACAACAAUACCCGCGACAAUGACAUCGCGAUAAUGCAGUUGAAGAACCGCGUGAAUCUCAGUGACAGUGUGGGAACAAUAUUUCUCACCACACAAGACAACACGGUGCCGGCCAACGCCUCUCUCGUCCACGUCGGCUGGGGAGCCACAAGCGAGACUGAACAAGGUGUAUCACCGGUUCUGAACGCAGUGUCUGUCUUCAAAAUAGACCGCGAGAUUUGCAGAGAGCGGUACGCAAUGUUGGAGCAAAUUGAGGGGAGGCCUUUCCCGGUCACGAACAACAUGCUGUGUGCGGGCAUACUGGACGUUGGAGGUAAAGACGCAUGUCAGGGCGACAGUGGAGGCCCGUUAAUGUUCCGGACAAUAUUGGUCGGCAUCACCUCGUGGGGUCAUGGCUGCGCAAGGCCGCAGUACCCCGGCGUCAGCGUCAAAGUGGCAAGAUACGUCCGUUGGAUUACAAGCACUACGUUGCAAAUGGAAAGCGGCUCUCGCGUCGACAGCGCCAGUGUGUUGCUCCUGUUCGCCUCCGUGCUCGCGGCGAGCUGGACCAGACGCUCUUCGAUUUUUAAUGUAAGGUAUAGUGGGAUGUAUGUGUUAUGUAUUUAAAUAAAUUUUGAUACUUUU